AUGCAGGAAGAUGAACUUAUGACUAUGGUAAACGAAUUUCGAGACUGUUUUGCGUUAAACUUGCAUGAACUAGGGAUGACGGACAUAACUGAAAUGCACAUACAAUUACAUGACGAUACACCAGUAUCAUAUAAACCCUACAGAUUACCUUAUAGUGAAAGAUUAGUUGUACGCGACAUAGUAAACGAAUUAUUAGACGCCAAAAUAAUCCGUGAUUCCAACUCAUCCUAUGCCAGCCCGAUAGUACUUGUUAAGAAAAAAAAUGGAGAACACCGUUUGUGCGUCGACUAUCGAGCGCUCAAUAAGAAGACCAUAAAAGACUCAUAUCCAAUGCCAGUUAUUGACGAUCAAUUAGACCGUCUUAGCGGUAAAGUGUAUUUUACAAGUCUCGAUCUUAAGUCGGGGUACUACCAAAUACCGAUGGCCGAGGGGUCUAGACACUUAACGGCAUUUGUAACUCCAGACGGGCAUUACGAAUAUACACGUAUACCGUUUGGUCUCGUCAAUGCACCUGCCGUAUUUUAA